GUGAAAGAGGGCAAGAGUCACGUGACUCAUGUUUUUCUUUUGACCGACACCGCUUCACUUGUUCUAGAAACAUUCACCGUUUCGAAUGGCGGCGGUACGGAUUAAUACUCGUUCACGAAGACUGAAGACAUGAUGAAACAGACCGAGGGCUUUCCGUUUUGACGAAGCGAAGCCACGAGAACCGCCGCAAUUUGUUAGUGAUGGCAGAAGAAACAGAGGCACCCCUUGAUUGAAUGGACUCGAUUUUUCCUCGGACAUCAGCAUGAAUCACAGUUGGGCUCCUAACGUCUGGGUGAAAGUAAACAGAGUGACUCAUAAGCUGCCACCUUAUGCUCACCGGGCAGCAGGAUCAUCUUCCAUAGCGGGCGUUGAUCUGCAGCACCACGCUGCUUACAGUGCUGGUUAUCUGAGCUUCAGGCACUUUCAUCACUCCAGGGUCAGGUACAGAAGGGGAUGGAUCUGUAAAGCUAACCACGUUAAGCCACGCGUUGGACUCCACACCAGCUGUGUGUGUCUGAACGCUUCAACUUCAAGGUGGUCAGCUGGUCUCAGUCAACACAUGUCUCGCUUUAGAAGCACACUGGACUCUUUGUCCAAGGCUGUGAGCGGGACUCAAACGGAUCUUCUGUCCAGGAUGUCCCGCCUCAAAUCUAAAGGUUCAAAUGAAGUGAAAGCCCUGACAGAUGGUGAAUCUACACCCCCUUCCACUAAUGAAACACCUCCCUUGAAAGGAACCACAAUCCCAACUCCUGCAGGACCAUCUUCAGUCAGCGUUUCCACAUCGAUUGCUCCAGUUGACGUGAAGGCCACUACCUCUCCUCAUCCUCACACCCAAGUCACUGUCACUGCUGCCAUUGUAACUAUAAGCGACAUGCAUGAGAAAAGGCCGAGGCGCACAAUCUCCGUUGUCAAAGCUAGUUGUGCCAAGAAGCCCGUCGCGCCUCCCCAGCCCCUAAACGACACGGAGAACAGAAGCACGACUCCCAAAGACGCCCCGGCACUUUUCCAUCCUAGCACUUUCUCGGUCAGCCUCGAUGAAACGUACACCUACCUUGCCCACCACAUCAACACGUACUUUGGGAGCAGCACAAAGACUCAGGAUCAGAGAAAGAACAUUAAAGACGUUUUCCCACCUCCCCCUCAGGAUCUACAAGCUUCAAACCUCCCCAAGAUCUCUAAUAAAACUGCUCCAAUUGCUCGCCCCACACCUCCGUCCUCCAAAAAGAGCUUAGGACAGUACCUGUCAUCCUCAGCACCCACCGUUCAGGCAUUUGUCGGCAGCUACAUCGCUCCUUUUGUUCCUAAGUUUCGGACAGGAGAAGCCAAAAGUCCUGCAAGCGGGGAGAUGAAACACGAGGCUGUUCAAGUGAAACCGAUUGAGACAGCUGUUAACAAGGAGCAGACAGUUGCAGAGGAGAAGGCCAAAAAACUUCUGCUUCAGCGGGAAAAGAUUAUUGCCAGGGUGAGUGUGGACAACCGAACACGUGCGUUGGUCCAGGCCCUCUACAGAGCAUCGGAUGUUCGGGUUUACAUCAGCAGAGUGGAGGAUUUAAGUUACCACCUCUUGGAGUUUCCAGAUACUCGUAGUGUUGCAGUUAAGGAGAAAGCGAUCCCCUGCCUCCUGCGUUUGAUGCAGGCCAACGACGCAGGCCUGAGAGCAGCAGUCCGAGAAGCUCUCGCGCUCAUCGGCUAUCAUAAACCCGUUCGAGGGCGGGGCAUACGCGUUUUAUCCAUCGAUGGAGGAGGUUUAAGGGGGAUACUUGCUCUUCAGACUUUGCACAGACUGGAAGCGCUCACCGGCAAACCCAUCUACAAGCUGUUUGACUACAUAUGUGGUGUCAGCACAGGGGCCGUCCUGGGCUUCAUGCUCGGCGUGCAUCAAAUCCCCGUGAAGGACUGCGAUGAUAUUUACAGGAAGCUGGGCUCGGACGUGUUCAAGCAAAACGUGAUCGUCGGCACGAUGAAGAUGAGCUGGAGCCACGCUUUUUAUGACAGCGAAGCCUGGGAGAACAUCCUCAAAGAAAAAAUGGGAUCUCAUCUCUUGGUGGAAACUUCAAGAAACCCCGAAUGCCCCAAGGUGGCAGCUGUGAGCACCAUUGUGAACAGGGGUCUUCCUCUGAAGGCGUACGUGUUCAGGAACUACAAUCUGCUGCCAGGGGUGCGCUCGCAUUACCUGGGGGGCUGCCAGCACCAGCUGUGGCAGGCCAUCCGAGCCACGUCUGCCGCCCCUGGCUACUUCCAAGAGUUCACUCUAGGGGGCGAUCUGCACCAGGACGGAGGCCUGCUGAUCAACAACCCCACGGCCCUCGCAAUCCACGAGUGUAAAUGCUUGUGGCCCGGCACGCCUGUGGAGUGUGUGGUCUCUCUUGGCACGGGUCGCUUCGAAACCCCCGGGAAGAACAAUGCCACAUACACCAGCCUGAAAACCAAACUCACCAACGUCAUCAGCAGUGCUACUGACACGGAGGAGGUUCACGCCAUGCUGGACGCCUUCCUCCCUCCCAACUCCUACUUCCGCUUCAACCCGUUCCUCAACGAGGACAUCUCCAUGGAUGAGAGCCGCCAGGAGAAGCUGAACCAACUUCAGGCGGAGGGCCUCCGGUAUUUGGAGAGGAACGAAGAAAAGAUCAGAAAGGUUGCAGCCAUUCUCACGCGAGAGAAAACCGCCGCCCAGAGGUUGACUGAGUGGGCCAGACUUAAGGCCGACAUGUACCAUGAUCUGCCCUUCAAGUCAUAGAUCCUCAUUUUACACCCAAACCGUUCACUCUGUGUGAAUUUAAAACAAUACCUUGUUUUACUAGCGGCUGGAGAAACACUGUAUGAAGGCAUGAAUCAAACCACUUCAUUUUUUUAUUUCCACUUGAGUACUUUAUUUUAAAAGUAUCAUCAGUUUUGGAAAGUUGUGAGUUUUUAACCUCAAACAAUUUGGGUAAUUAACAUUUAUCUGGUAGAUUUUGAUAUUUAUUAAUAAUUUGUUGAAUUUUUAAGCUAACAACAAAUUUUGAUUUAUGUUAAAUUACGCUUUUUUUUUUCUUUUAAAUAGAGACAAAAACAUUUAGCUCAGGCUCUGCUUCUUAUAGCUACGAUAAAGUAAGUAAUUGCCUUCAAAAUCUUUAUUAUUACUAAGGAGAUAUGUUUAACUGUUGGUGAAAAGUAUACAUUUGGAGAGCAGCUUGUGACGACACCCCUCCUCCGCUUUUUUUUUUCCCUUUUUCUUUUUAAGUAGAAAAAAAAUUGCUAAUACUUUUAGUUCAGCCUCUGCGUCUUAGAGCCCAAAUAAAGUAAAAAACUGCUUUCAAAAUGUUUAUUUUUACUAUACGGAGGAGUUUAACUACAAAAAUAUACUUUUGGAGCGUAGUUUGUAAUGGCACCCCUCCCCCGUUUCUUAAUUUUUUUCAAUUUUUUUUAACGCCGUCAAAAACCAUUUGUAUGUUCAGUUCAGCCUCUGCUUCUUUGAGAUGCAAUAAAGUAACUGCUUCCAAAAUCUUUAUUAGUACUAAUCGAACGAGUUUAACCGUCGUUCAAAAGUAUACUUUUAGAAAGCAGCUUGUAGCAGCACCCCUCCCCCGCUUUUUUUUCCAAAAUAAAACCUUUAAAUUGUUAACUUUGCUUUAAUUUGUUUUAAUAUAUGUUCUGUUUUCCACACCUAUGUGUAAAUAGACUGUAAAAUAGAAAGUGUUUAAAGAGAAUGAGUCUGUGUCACUGAAAAACAGAAAAAUGUAACCUUAACAGUCCAGUAAAGUUAAAUUAUUUAUAUAUAAUUGUGAAAUUUUUAGGGUUGAAAUAUCAUAAACGUGCACAAUGAAGAUGCAGCUAAUCAUAAAGUUUGUGUAAAGCGUAUGAGUGCCGUUGCUGUCGUGAUAUUACAUGUCUAUGAUGAUAACUUUAGGUUUCAGUCAAAGAAGAGACACAGUGGUGAGACCAUCCUGAGGAUGUUUGGUUGUUUUACCUCUCCGGCAUUUAAAGCUCAGUUGUGUGAGCUGUUUGUGUGUUCUCGAUUGUGUUCCCUGGUGGAUUCCCUGCAGGCUGCUCACUUGUUCUAUUCUGCAUCUUCAGCAUGCACCCCCCAUACACCCAUUCCCUUUGAUGCCUUCUCUCAAAAGCGUCCACCUUGAAGCCUUGUGUUUGUGUCCUUGAACUGUGAUGUCUCCGGUUAUAACGUAGGAUUCAUUUUAAAGAAUUGUUUCUUUUUAAUACGCUUCUUUUUGCAGGAUGUUCAACAGUGGAAAAGUAGUAUUGAUUUCCUGCUUGAUGUUGUUGAUGAAAAUAUACUGGAAAUAUCCUUUUCCAAUGCUGAAAAGUACUGUUUAACACCGUGUGAGUCACUCAUGAGGGACCUGACAUGAAGUAGUUGCAGAAUUCAUCUAAAUUCACUGAAUUCCUCUGUUUUUCUGUGUAAGAAUGUAAUUAAAACCCAUCACUGAACCCCA